GUAGGAUUAGGAACCCAAUUUGAAGAACCUAAGCUAUUCUUUCUCUCUCUCUCUCUCUCACUAUUUUGUCACUUCCCUCUUGUUUUUGCAUAGGGACGAUUAACACAAUAAAAACCCAUUUUUAUUGCAAACCCAACCAACCAACUUUAAUUUAUUUCAUAUUGGAUGAUGUGAAGAUCCAAAAAGCAGAAGAGAAUGUUCUUCUAUUGGCUCAUUUUGCCUAUUUUCUUGGAUCCUCUCUUCCCAUGCAUGGACUCAAAAUCCAAUUCUUCUUCUUCUUUUUCUAAAUCUCCUUUUAUUCUUCUUCUUCUUCUUUAGCCAUGGAGGUACAUAAAAAGAUGCCAAUAAGGUAUUAUAGGAGGCUACGAAGUUGGUUUAAUUCUAGCAAUAUCAAAAACGAAGAUGAUGCUAAUCACAAUGGUAACAAUAAUAAUAUUAAACCAUCUUUCAGUUUAUAUGAAAUAGAAGAUGGAGGAGAAGAAGAUGAGAUUGAUGGUGACUAUGGUGGUGGGGAUCUCUCCCUUGGGUCUCUGGAAUUUGAUUCAUGCAUUUUAACAAACAAGCUAAGGGUGUUUGUUGGUACUUGGAAUGUUGCUGGGAGAUCUCCUAUUGGAAGCUUAGCUGUUGACUUGGAAGAUUGGUUAAAUCUCAAGGAUGCUGCCGAUAUUUAUGUUCUUGGGUUUCAAGAGAUUGUACCAUUGAAGACCCUAAAUGUGAUAGGAGCAGAGGACCAAGCAGUUGCAACAAGAUGGAACAACCUCAUUGCAAAAACUCUAAACAACAAAACUUGUGAAUUAUGUUCCUCAUGUCCAAAUUCAACACCUCUUUCGAGCCUGUCCUGUGACAAUUAUUAUUAUUAUUAUUGCAACCACAUUAAUAUGGAUGACAAUAAUAACAUUAAUAAUUCACAACAGAACGACUCGAAUAGAGAGUGUUGUAGGAUUAACAGAAGAGAAAAUAAUUAUAGCAACGAGUAUGCACUCGUUGCGAGCAAAAAGAUGGUUGGAGUGUUUGUAAGCGUUUGGAUGAACCGAAAAGUGUUGCAAAAGUGGCGCGUUUCAAACGUGAGAGUGUGCUCGGUGGCAUGUGGGGUGAUGGGAUACUUGGGGAACAAGGGAUCCGUGGCGGUUAGCAUGUCCAUCGAAGGGACGAGCCUCUGUUUCGUGGCGGCUCACUUGGCGUCCGGGGAGAAGAAGGGUGAUGAAGGGAGGAGGAACCACCAGGUAGCUGAGAUUUUUAGGAGGACAUGUUUUCCUAGAAACACAACAAAAGAUGAUUAUGAUAUUAAUAAUCACCAUCAUCCUCUUACCAUCUUAGGCCAUGACAGUCGAAUAUUUUGGUUUGGGGACCUAAACUACAGGCUAUACUUAGAGGACAAGCAUGCUAGGAAUCUGAUAAGAAAGCAAGAUUGGAAAGGUUUGCAUGAAUUUGACCAACUCCAAAAAGAACUUGAAGAAGGUGGAGUAUUUGAAGGUUGGAAAGAAGGUAACAUUGAAUUUGCACCAACAUAUAAGUAUUCAUCAUCCAUUAGCAAUAGAUACUGUGGUGGUGGACUCCAUACCAAAUCAGGAGAAAAGCAAAGAACUCCAGCAUGGUGUGAUAGAAUUUUAUGGUAUGGGAAAGGAAUAGAACAGCUUCAUUAUACUCGGAGUGAAAUCAAAUUCUCUGAUCAUCGCCCUGUUUCUGCUCUUUUUACUACACACAUUGAAAUUAAUUCAUCUGCCACACCACUUCUUCAACUUCACAAAUUCCAACCAACAUUGUUACACCCCACACAUGGGGUGAACAAAGAAGAUGAAGAUGGAAAUCCCACUUUAUUAUCAUUGUUAACAAAGGACGUACAAGCCUGCUAACACAAGGAAGAAGAAAAGAAAAGAAAAAAAAAAGCUGUAAAUUAGAAAGGAUGCUUAUGAAGUUAAUAUUUUUUGGAAUAUUAAUUACUUUGGAUUUAUUUGAAGGGUUAAGAUUAAUUAGGUUGCAAGCUAGUAGUGUAGCAAAUAUAAUAGAGUGCGAAAUAUAAUCAAUUAAGAUGUAUUGUUGAUUUUGUAUGGAAAGAUCUUAGUUCAAGACAAAAAAAAAAAGUU